CCCCACCGUCCUCAGACACGCGUGUUCACAUCUUCCCCAAUGACGACGACCUCCUCCUCUUCCUCCCCUAAAGCCUACCAGUCCGUCUACGCCUCACGCUUCGGGGAUUGGAGGUCCCGGGCUGCUGAACGCCUCGCGACUUUUGACGCCACUGGUCCGAAGGAUGCUUCAAACUCCCUCACAUCCUCUUUGGGACCUGCCCGUACGUCUCCUCAGUCGGACCGUCUGUCUCCUCAGUCGAACCGUCCGUCUCCUCAGUCGGACCGUCCGUCUCCUCAAUCGGACCGUCCGUCUCCUCAGUCGGACCGUCUGUCGUCUCAGUCUUUCCGGUCAUCACCACAGCUGGGCCGGACGUCUGCUCAACCGCAACGUACGUUCACUGAACCGGAACCUACCUCUCCUCAAUCACUACUUGCUUCUGCUGAAUCGCAGCCUAAGUCUGCACACUCGCGACGCACGUCUUCUUUUUCCCACCGUACUUCUCCCCAGUCGACCAGCACGACACCCGAGUCCCCGGGUACAUCCCCGCGGUCCCCGCCUUGGUCUAUGUCCUCUGUGGGGCAUCCCUCAUAUUUGCUCAAAAAUUCGAUGUCCUCUUGUCCCACUCGACCCGACGAUGCAGCGGCACGCGACUCAACGUAUUUUUCGUCACCAGUUAAAGGUUCUUCAUCAACUGCAUUCAAAGGGACUACUUCAUCAACAGUGAAAUGUUUAGCGACCACAAGUAAUGGUAGUUCAUCGUCCGCAAACAAAGGAUCAUCUUCGUCUGUGGUGACACGUCUUUCAGCAACUUCGCCCAAACGUGUUCCAUCGUCUCCAGUUGAAACUUUUACAUCACCUGCCAUUAAAUCUUCAUCAUCCCCAAUUGACGCUGUUUCGCCUGUACCAGCGAUUUGUUCUGCGCCACCGCCCAUCAAAUCUGUUCCCUUAGACCAAGAACAGAACCCUGACUUGUCCAUCAGUUGGCCGUCACCGGGGCUGCGGAGUUCUUACCACCGCAAUCCAUCGUCAGACGCGAUUUCUGCUCCUAUCCGGCGAUCAGCUUCAUCCGUCGCAACAGGUCGCGUUGCUUUUCAGCCAUUGAGUCACGCCGCCGCUGACUUACCCAAAAAAUUCAGGUUUAUCAUCCCAGAGGAUCCUGUUAGCGAUCUUCCUAGCGCGGGUAGCGUUGGGGCGAGAGUGGCGCUAUGGGCGCGUCGUCUGGAGGAGGAGAAGAAGAAGGAGGCGGUGGUCUUGAGUCCGCUGAGAAGGCGAAAGUUGCGUCACCAGACCCAGCCCAUCACCCUGCAGGAGGUGCUCUCUGCCGCCCGCCUCGAUGUGGAGCCGUGGGGCGCUGCGGAUGAUGUUUCCUCUCACCACACCGCCGGGGAGGAGGGGGAAGACGCUGCUGGAGGAGUGCGAGGUAUCCUGAAGCGCGAUGGGUCCCGCGAGUCGUGGGACUGCCCGCGCUCCAUCCUAAAGCUGUCCUCACCCUCCCCGCUCACCCAAGACUUCCCCGUCGUCCCCACGCCCAGCUUCCCCCAAAUCACGGACACCCCCACACGGGGGAUCUUGAAGCAGAUGGAUGGGGUGUGGGGGCCGUGCUCCCCCAAGCGCACGGUCGUGUCCCCACAAGCGCCCCCCGUCUGGGGGAGGCAGCUCCGUGGGGUCCUGAAAAAAGAGUCCAGCUUGGAGGACGGACGGGAAAUUCGGUCCAUUCUUAAGCCUCAGUCGGACUUCGUGAGACAUUCCUCGGACUCGUCGUCAGACGACCAGGGUGGCGCCCUACAGGGCGGGGCGCUGCCCCCCAGCGGGCCGGUGGACCGGCAAGGGAGCCCGGACCCCGCAGACCUGCCCCCCAGGAUACUCCUUAACGCCAGCGGGACGCACCUGGCGGGGAAGGAGGACCUGGGAGCCGCACUCAGGCACAUUGAGAGCCUCGCACGGGAGCGCCGCGCCCCUGCCCUGCCCUCUGCACCUCUACCGUGA